CAGUCAGAUAUCGAAAAGUCCACGGUCACACUGGUCGCAAUGUUUGUGUGUGUUAUAAUUUAUAAAAUUAAGAAUUUUUAAAUAAUACGCAUAUUCCGCUAAACGGUGAAAUCUAGCAUAGACCUUGGAAAAAACCUCAGAGAUCGAGAAUUGAGUUCGUUUUGGUCUGAAGUCUAAAGGAAAAGCGCGCCUGGCGUGGCUAGUUUUUUUUUUAUUUUGUCACAAAGAAAGUGGAGCAAACAAUGGAUAGCGAAUCGUGGGCCUGUUCAUCGGUGGAAAAGGAUCUCGACCGAGUUGUUACUAAACUAGAGCAGCUACGCGACAAUGCCUCGGCCGAUGUAGGGGAUAUUGCGAUGCUGAUGUCGGACUUGGUCAAUGCCCUUGGCAAUGCCGAGCAAAUGGUAACGACUCUUAACUCGAGCACUCAGGUGAAUGCAAAUGCUCCCAGCGUAGACGACCCAAUGGGCGAUGGUGUGAGCAUGCAGGUGGAGACGGAACCAACUGCGCCGCAGCGUCCCACUGAUCGCCACAUGGAGGUGAUCAGAGGGGCCAUUUUAAAAUGUAAUGAAAGGGUGCAGAAGCUGUCCACAGAGCAUCGUGACUUGCACGGCUCGAUUUCAAAGAUCGGGAAGGCUAUUGAUCGUAAUUUUAGCGCCGACUUUACAUCCACCAUGCGUGUCGAUGUCCUGCAGGACGAGGAGAACCUGAUGCUGCUAAACAAGGCCAUUGCCAAGCACUAUUGCCGCCAGGGCAUGGACACAGUGGCCCGCACUUUGAUCAAAGAAUGCAAAAUGACAGAGGAUCAAGCCCAGGAUGUGUUCGACUCGGAGCGGGAGUUCGCCGAUAUCUAUAGUAUUUGGAUGAAGAUACAGAAGCGGGAGCUGACCGAAGCCCUCAAGUGGACCAAGCGCUACUCACCACAGCUCAUGGAGCGGCACUCUCUCAUUGAGUUUCGGCUGCACCGCAUGCGCUUUAUGCAGCUUGUCUCGUAUGGCGUGGAGUCGCAGAACGAGGCCGUUGUCUAUGCCCGGACGAAUUUCAAGAAGUUUGCCUUGCGCUAUGAGCACGAGAUAGCCAAUCUGAUGGCCAGCUUUAUAUAUCUGCCUGCCGGGCUGGAGAACUCUCCUUACAAGCAUUUCCUGGGCCAGGAAAUGUGGACUGAACUAUCGUUUAUAUUUCUUAAGGAUGCCUGCCAGCUGCUGGGCAUUAGUAAGAACUCUGCCUUGUCUGUUGUUGUGAAUGCUGGAUGCACUGCCCUUCCCGCUCUAUUGAACAUCAAGCAGGUGAUGCAAUCGCGCCAGGUCCUGGGAAUGUGGAAUGGCUGCGACGAGCUGCCCAUCGAAAUCGAUCUCCAGCCAGAAUUCCGCUUCCAUUCAAUCUUCGCCUGUCCCAUCUUGCGUCAGCAGACCUCCGAGGACAAUCCGCCAAAGAAGUUGACCUGUGGUCAUGUCAUCUCCAACGAUGCCCUUCACAAGCUCAGCAACGGCCACAUACUCAAAUGCCCAUAUUGCCCCGUAGAGCAGAAUGCCGAAGAGGCUGUUCGUAUUUACUUUUAAGCCUAUUAAUUCUAUUCUGAAUUAACCCUAAGAUUAUAACCAUUUUGCGCUAGCGCUCGGCUCAGGCAGUUCGAGGACACGGGUUGGCCAGCUUUCCUUAACAAUCACAACAGUUUUAAAUAUUUAGUUUGCUUAGAUUGAAGUUUUUAGAAAAAUUCGCAGGACGGAAUCGAACUACUUGGGCCAUAAUAUAGUGUGAGAAUGCGACAUAUUAACAGGAGAGCCUAUGCAAACCAUUUAGAUUUACAAUAUAUCAUGUAUUUUAAACCAA